AUGGCUCUGGCAAUAGGGGCGGUCCCACAAUUACUAUAUUUUCAGCUCCAAGCCCUUUUACUGGUUCAGUUGGGGCAAGGAGAAUUUGGUUCUCGGGUUUCUGUUGAAGCUAAUAUCGAUUUUACGUUCUUGAAUACCCCCUUCUUUCAUUCAAUGGUUGCAAGAGCACAAGCUUGCACCUCAGAUAUAUCUGUUAUGAUCGAUCCAGAAACCAUUGUUUUGCCGGAGGUCAUUUCCAUUUUGAAUCAUACUUACAAACUUGAUCAUGACUGGCUCCUUGUUUCUUCAUCACGUUAUGUUUUCGACUUCCCAUUUCACUUGGAUGCAGAUGGGAAACAUUGGCAGGCAGAUGACGGUGCAAUGGUCAGAAACAUAGAGUUGCAGGACAUACUUGCUCAAACUUGGCAGUGGAAACGUUGUGAACCGAGGAUGCUUAUGGCAUGGAACAAUGGAGAUCACCCUUUACAUACUGGAGUCCUGCCUCCUUUCUUGCACGGAAAAGGGCUCCACAACCACUUAUUGUAUAAGCGCUUAUGUUAA